UCCGACUUUGAAUGAGUUCAUUCUUUUUGAAUGAGGCCACGUCUGGUGUUGCUGGUCUCUCGCUGUUUUUACCAAAAUAAAACACCAUUCCUGUCAAAUAACUUUGGGAGAAGCUUGCCACGUUCAUUGCAUAUAUCUUCAGCUAGUUUUGUGGAAAUGUCAGCGCACAAGCUCACUGCAAACACGAAAGAACCACCGCUUGCUUCCUUGUUGGUUGUUCAUCACAUUAAAAGCAAAUGCAAAAUUGAUGUUGAGUGGAAAGACACAACUGCUUUAGCAAUUGAUGGGAAUGUUGUUUUAACAGCCAAUCACAGCAUUGCCCGGUACUUGGCCAGGAUUGGAGAUGAGUUCAAACUAUAUGGCAACAACAUUCUUGAGGCAACAGAGAUUGACAGUUGGGUAGAUUUCAGUGCAACUCUACUUAAUGACAGCAAGAAAUUCCAAAGUGCUUUAUCUCACUUGGACAAACAGUUGUCUCCAGUGACAUAUUUAGUUGGUCAAUCAAUAUCUUUGGCUGAUUUUGCAGUUUGGGGAGCUCUAAGAGUGCAUGAUAGGCUGGACAGCUUGUUGAAUGAUGGACAAACUAAAAACAUUUCAAGAUGGUUCAACUUCUUGGCAAAUCAAAAUAGCUUCAAACAAUGUUCUGGAAAAUUGCAGGCACCUUCCAAGAAACCACAGAAUGAGAUUAAAACCCAGGGGAAGUUUAUUGAACUAGAAGGUGCUGUUGAAGGACAUGUAGUCACCAGGUUUCCUCCUGAAGCAAGUGGGUAUCUUCAUAUUGGCCAUGCAAAGGCAGCAUUAUUGAACCAACAUUACAGAGAUUAUUAUAAAGGAAAAAUGAUAAUGAGAUUUGAUGACACAAAUCCUGCAAAAGAGAAUGCUGAAUUUGAGGAAGUGAUUCUUGAAGAUUUAAAAUUGUUGCAAGUUAGGCCAGAUAUGUUCACAAGGACAUCAGAUCAUUUUGAAAUAAUCGUUCAAUAUGCUGAAAAAUUGAUACGAGAUGGCAAUGGUUAUGUUGAUGAUACGCCUGCAGAAGCCAUGAGAGAGGAACGCGAGAAGAGAGUCAAGUCUGCUUGCAGAGAUAAUUCUGUGGAGAAGAAUCUUCAGAUGUGGGAGGAAAUGAAGAAAGGCAGUGAACAGGGUCAGAAAUGUGCUUUACGGGCGAAGAUUGAUUUUGAAUCAGACAAUGGGUGUCUACGAGAUCCCACAAUGUACAGAUGUAAACCUGAAUCUCAUGUGCAGACUGGAGAUAAAUACAAAGUUUAUCCAACAUACGACUUUGCAUGUCCCAUUGUUGACAGUGUUGAAGGGGUAACUCAUGCCUUGAGAACAACUGAAUAUCAUGAUAGGGAUCCCCAAUAUUUCUGGGUGCUUGAUGCUUUAGGUUUACGCAAACCAACUGUGAUGGAAUUCAGCAAGAUUAAUUUACAAAACACAGUGUUAUCAAAACGAAAACUAACGUUGCUAGUUAACGAGAAUUAUGUUGAUGGAUGGAAUGAUCCAAGGUUCCCCACUGUUCGUGGAGUCUUAAGACGAGGGAUGACUGUACAAGGAUUGUUAGAGUUCAUUCUAUUGCAGGGAUUUUCCAAAGCGAAUGUCCACAUGGAAUGGGACAAAAUCUGGGCAAUCAAUAGAAAAGUCAUUGACCCAAUAGCCCCUCGCUAUACAGCGUUACAAAAGAAAGAAAGAGUCUCGUUUAAUGUUACUGGUGUUUCAGAACAGUGCCAAGAAGCUCAGCUUAAUCCCAAGAAUUCUGAGAUGGGAACGAAGAAGGUGUGGGUGUCUCCUAAAUCCUAUAUCGAAGGAGCGGAUGCAGAGACGUUGCAUGUUGAUGAGAAAGUAACAUUGAUCAACUGGGGAAACUUUCUUGUUAAAGCAAUAAACAGGAACCAGUCUGGUGCUAUUGAAUCAAUUGAUGCUAAAUCAAUGCUGGAUGAUAAGGAUUACAAAAACACGACAAAAUUGACUUGGCUUCCUGUAACUGACUCGGCUCCGUUACUACCAGCUGUUGUGGUGCAUUUUGGCAACAUAAUAUCAAAGGCAAUCUUAACCAAGAACGAUGACUUUAAAGAUCAUGUUAAUAAAGACACGAAGACUGAGGUUGAAAUGCUGGGAGAUCCAGAGCUGGCAAACGUGAAGAAAGGAGAUAUCAUUCAGUUACAACGAAGAGGAUUUUUCAUUUGUGACGAACCGUACAGUGAGAUAAGUCGCCAUUCGGGUAAACCUUCGCCUUGUAUUCUGUUCUCAAUUCCUGACGGUCAUACCAAGGCAAUGCCAACCUCUGGUUCCAAGACGAAAUCGAAACAAAACAACGAAAAGAAGGAAAACUCUGGUAAGAAAAGCAAGAAGAGCGAGCCGACUUCACAAGCUCAACCAACAUCAGCUGCUGAGAUGGAAAUGUCUCCUGAAGUCGAAGCUGUGGUUAAACAGAUUAGCGAGCAGGGUGAUAAAGUACGCCAGCUCAAGACCGCUGGAGCUGACAAGGAGAAAGUCGCUGCUGAAGUUACCAUCCUUUUGAAUCUGAAAGGCCAGUAUAAAACAUUGACUGGGAAAGAUUUUAAGCCCGCAAACAGCGGAGGUAAAAACAAAGGAAAUAAACAAGACAAGAAACAGGAGAAAAAAGCUGAGAAGAAAGAGCCUAAGGCGAGUCAAGACGACAGAUCUGUGAAGAAGAUCACAAGACUUGGUCUUGAAGCGAAGAAAGAAGAAAACUUGGCAGAUUGGUAUUCUCAGAUCAUAACGAAAGCUGAAAUGGUAGAAUAUUAUGAUGUCAGUGGUUGCUAUAUCCUUCGCCCAUGGUCCUACUCAAUAUGGGAAAGCAUUAAAGCCUUCUUCGAUGCUGGUAUCAAGAAACUCGGCGUGGAAAACUGCUACUUUCCAAUCUUUGUCUCACAGUCAGCCCUGGAACGAGAGAAAACUCACAUCGCUGAUUUUGCGCCUGAGGUUGCCUGGGUUACAAAAUCUGGCCAAUCAGAAUUGUUGGAACCGAUUGCUAUCCGUCCAACCAGCGAAACUGUCAUGUAUCCCGCGUACGCAAAAUGGAUCAAAUCUCAUCGGGAUCUUCCUCUUAAACUAAAUCAGUGGAAUAAUGUUGUGAGAUGGGAAUUCAAACAUCCUCAACCAUUCUUACGAACAAGAGAAUUCUUAUGGCAAGAGGGUCACACAGCUUUUGCUGAAUACAAUGAAGCCGUUGAAGAAGUACACACUAUUCUCGACCUUUAUGCUCAAGUCUACACUGAUUUACUGGCAAUACCCGUCGUGAGAGGUCGAAAAACAGAGAAAGAGAAAUUUGCUGGAGGUGAUUUUACCACGACAGUUGAGGCCUACAUUGCGGCCAGUGGUCGAGCUAUACAGGGAGCAACUUCGCAUCAUUUAGGUCAAAAUUUCUCCAAGAUGUUUGAGAUUGUUUUCGAAGACCCGGACAAACCUGGGGAGAAACGUUAUGUAUACCAGAACUCUUGGGGGAUCACCACACGUACAAUCGGGGUGCUUUGUAUGGUACAUGGGGAUAACGUUGGACUUAUAUUGCCACCUAGGGUUGCAGCUGUUCAGGUCGUCAUUGUUCCGUGUGGUUUGACAGCAAACUUGGCUUCUGAUCAAAGAGAUAGUUUGUUGUCUUUCUGUAAGGAAUUUGAUGAGACUCUGAGCAAAGCUGGAGUCCGAACUAAAUUCGAUGACCGCGAAAAUUAUUCUCCCGGGUGGAAAUUUAAUCAUUGGGAACUUAAGGGUGUUCCAGUCCGUGUUGAACUCGGACCACGAGAUGUAAAGAACUCUCAGUUUGUGUUGGUUCGGAGAGAUUCUGGGGAGAGGAUGACAUUGCAAGCGAAAGAUUCUGUGGUUCAAAUCAAAGAAAUUCUUGAAACAAUCCAGGCUGAUUUGUUUGCAAAAGCAAAAGCUGAACUUGAUGAAAACAUGACAGUAACCAAAGAUUGGAAAGAAUUCUGCUCAAUGUUGGAUCAACGAAAGAUUAUUCAGGCUCCGUUCUGCGGUGAGAUCAAAUGCGAGGACAAAAUCAAGAAAGACAGCGCAAGGGAUGUUGUUGUUGAGGAAGGCGCGCCGGCCAUGGGAGCCAAAGGAUUAUGUAUUCCAUUCAAGCAACCCGGUGAGAUCACUCCAGAUACUUUAUGUGUGCAUCCGGAUUGCGGUCAACCGGCUAAAUUCUAUACAUUAUUUGGACGAAGUUACUAAAUCACGAACAUCGUCAGUUAAGUAAAACAAUGAACUCGGAGUCCUGCAUCAGUUUCAGGGAAGACUUUUAGGCAAAUAGAUAUAUAAAAUUUUUCAAAAGUUCAAAAUCGCUUGCCAUUUUGAGUUGAUUUGCGCGGCAAAGUCGGUAUUGUUUUUUCAUUAGCGGCUGUCCUAUUUUACGCUGAUGAAAUUAGUUCCUAUAUUUUAUCACUCUUCCCCCCCCCGGUAUUGUAAUGACAUCAUGUUGUUGUAAGAUGAAGUAGUACUCUACCCGGACACAUGUUGCAAACAACAACUAUCAUGGCGCUUGACAUAUAUCAUUUUGAUAAAUGUUUUAGCAAAAAUUUAAUACGCGAUCUGGCAGAUACGCGAACCGGCAGAUGGUGAACUCAAUCGUAUCAUAUCUACUCUAACUAUGAUAAAGUGCAUUAAAAUUUCAUGCUUCGAGGCGUUUUGACCACCCAUACUAAUAUUGAACCAUAGGAGUUCAUUUGUAAUAAUUCAGCCGAGUUUCCUUGACGCAAUAAUCCUUACCGAUAUAUCUCAUGAAAAAUGCAACCUCUUCCGUGUCUAAGAACAUAAGCAUAUAAAUGUUUUCUCAAGCUCUCAGCCUAAUAAUAGUCAUUCCGAUAAUCUUUAAUGUUUUACACGAUUACAGACAAUGUUUAUUUGCGUAUUAUAAAGUUUGUGAGAGUUUAAGUCAUGAAAGGAUCUGGUGAGGAAUGACAGCGAAGAAAAAUAAUAAUUUUGUGGAAGAUAUUUUGGGUUUGAUUACAUAAAUCUUCAGAGGAAGAAAUUCAGGUUAGCGCAAGCGAUGAAAAUGAGAUUUACACGUUAUUUCCUAACCUAAUAGAAUACAAAGCUAACCUAGUAGAUAUUAAUAGAAAAAGCUUAGUAUUUUCCUCUCUAUUUGCGGUUAGUGUCGAAGAUUGAAAUCGUGUUUUUCGGCCAAGCCGGGCGUUGAUGUAGAACAGUUAGUUGUGUUGAAAUGUUUUUCAUCAUCGUUAACAAAGACUAAUUAAUUUAAAUGAAUUAAAGUAAUCUUUCAUAUUUGUUUAUUUACCUACAAAUACAAGAUCAGGACUAUAUCAUUGAAUUCGUUUACGAUAUUUAUACAACAAAGCAUUAAACAAGAUUAUUGGAAGAACGGAACGCAAAGCGCUGGACUAUUUUACAAAGGAUUUUAUUUAUUAAAUAUUGAAAACUCCACGUUCGGAUUCAAUACUUUACCGCCGGACUUUCCGUAUUGAAUUAAGUGACUGCGGAACUUGCAAUUUAUGAUAUUACUGUAAACUGCUUAUGCAUAUUUCCUAUUGAAAAAUAUUCUUAUAAAGUGUUGAAAUAAAUAGUGUACCAACCGCGGAGACAGCAGAUCACCACACAACACAAUGCAUCACAAUG